UUAUUCAAUGUCUAUGAAUCAAUUGGGAUUCGCGAUAAACGAAACACUUACAGAUGACGCUAUUCAGGUUCUGGCUAAUAAAAGUGCGGAAGCAAUUACCCCAGCCGUGUACACCACAAUAAAAGAUGCUUUUGCAUCUUUUGCUCCUGAUACGUGGGUUAAUGCAUUGGAAAAGAUCAAAAUAUCAACUUUUCGCUGUGUUGUUCGUGAAAGUACGUUGAUUGGCUUAAAUAUUUACAGCAAAAUAAACUCUACAGAUUCCACUUUAGCUAAUUCUACAAACGAUCAGGUACUAUCAUUACUGGCUAGCACAUGUUCUGAUGGCUGGGAUGAAAUACUCAAUCUUUGCCAUGCUGUGAAUGCAACAAUGAGUCAAUUGCCUCCACACAUUAUCCAAAUAUUUUCAAAGUAUAACGACUCAAGUAUGGCGCCAGAAGAUAGUGAAGUAGGCCUAAUUCAGGAUUUUAAAACCAUUACACCUGACGAACUCGUUCAAAUGGGGGAUUUAUUCCCCAAACUUAAGUGGCUAUUCAGCCUUAACUUUUACAAACUAAUGGAUUUGUUAGCGCAAACUGUUCAAGGAAAUGAUGUAGCAAAAAUGAAAUUUGAACAAUUGGGUAUGAAGAUGUAUCAGAACAGAAAUAAAUGUUGA